UACCUCAUCAAUCUAAACUGCCCUACCGAAAACCUAUUUGGGCUCGUCUACAUACCCAAAUGCCUGGUUCUCUCCGGCAGGAAGGAGAGGCUUUCCCUCCCCCAAUUUCCGAACGCCUAAACCCUACGCACCCCUCAUUAUCGCCGAUUCUCGGUGGGCAUCAACGGAUGGGCGCUUUGCCGUCCUUCACCAAGUGGAAUCCAGAGGAUGAUCUCCUUCUCAAGAACGCUGUCGAGGCUGGUGCAUCCUUGGAGUCAUUGGCUAAAGGUGCUGUGCAAUUUUCGCAACGGUUCACUAUUCAAGAACUUGAGGAGCGGUGGCAUGCGCUCCUAUAUGACUUGAAUACAUCAACUGAGGCAUCAACUCGUAUUGUAGAGAUUGAGAUUGGAGUAUCAGUCUACAAUCCUUCCAGACCUGGCCGAACUUGGAAUUCCAAAAUAAAAAAGACCUCAUCUGGGAGAAGAAAAGGAGAAAGUUUGCAGUGUCACUAUUUCACAACACGAAAGAAAGCACGAAGUGAAACACAUAGUUCUGUUAAAUUAGGCUUUCCGAUGUCACCAAUUUCACAUGUUGCUAUUGACAAUGACAGCAGCUCACAUCAUUUUAAGUUUCACAAUGAGUUUGCUCUCAAUAAAUUUCACGUUGAUGAACCUUUCUCUGGCAACUUUGGGCAUCCAGAAACAAGUUAUGGUGGCUGCCAACCUAUUUAUCCAAAAAUGGUUGAGGUUGAGCCUAUUGCUACUGUUAGUGGCCUUGCAGUCCAUGAAGGUGUGGCUGGCUCAAUUGAGGCCAAACUUCCAGUUGGAGUAUUGGGAACAGAUUGCUCAUAUGGGCAUGGGGAAAAUAUUUCUUCUGUUCCAAUAGAUGAAGCUGGAUUUAAUGAUGCUGGCGAUAGUUUUGAACCUAACUUCACUCCAGAAGAUUUUCCUCAUGCACUCGAUAGAAAUCAUUGCUCAUUACAGACAUCAAAUGCUCCAGGAUCUACCUCUACAUUUCAUCAGCUUGGGUAUUCCUCUCCACCUGAUCAUCCGAUUUGGAAAACGAUUGAGGAUGUUUCUAGACCAACUCUUCAAAUGGAGGGGCAGUUUGAGGAAAAAGGUCAAGAAUUGGUCACCAUGCAAUGUACCAUGAAAAUAGGUGAUCAAGCUUGUGAUGAUGCUACUGCAAAGGGCAAGCUAAAUAAUGAUACAGCUACCAUUGCAUUAAAUAAUUCAGAAAUAUUGUUGGAAGCCAACUUUAUCGACUUCUCUGACCCUUGCAUGAGCUUUACUGAUGAUGAGGAGCUCCUUUUGAUUGAUGUGGAUGAGGAUGAUAUUGGAGACGGGUCCUGCUUGAAUGGGCUUGGCUCUAUAUUUCUCAAUUCUCCUACUUCUACUAACAUUGGUAACUCGCCCAUCCCUGGUGAUCCUAAACCUGCCGAGGCUUUCGAUAUUCCUGCUUGUAAUGAUGCUGAGAGUUCUGUAGAACAUGGAACUAUUCAUGAGCAGAUCCAUAAUGUCAAAAAUGAUCUUCAGUGUUCUGCUGUUCCAGAAGUAUGCGCUUUGUCCUCAACUUCAGGAGCAUCUCCUACUGAAGCACCUGCAGAAAAGUUAAUGAUCUGUGUAUUGAAUGCAGAGGACCAGGAUAUUCCUUGCAAUGAUAAUGUUACUUUGCCUGCAAAGUUGUUUCAAGCAUUUCCUACUAAUAUGAGGCAAGAUAUUUCAUCCACUAUGACUCAUUAUGGGAAGGCAACUUCAGGAGAUUCUACUCUGCUUAAGGAAGUGAAUGCAGCAAGCGUACAGCCUAAUGUGCCCAUUUUCAAGGCAGGAGUAGGUUUACUGCACUCAACCGUGGAUUGCAGGCUUGAAAGUUUGUCAUCUGACAGGGAUUUGGUAUGCGGAUUAUCCACUGUAUCAAACAAGGAUAUGGAUAAUCCAAGUUUGAUACCAGCUAUUGCUUCACACUCUGCAUCAGACCUUUCUUUGAAGCAAGAUGCUACUACUGAAUUAAAUAUGCAAGUUGCUUGUAUGCCAUCACACCCCAAGUUGGUUUCCUCAGAGUUGGGUUGUGUAGACUCGCUUCCAACAAUGUCAAUUUCAGACAGGGAGGAGGAAUUUUUUGAGAAUGAAGAUGACGACGAAGAAGAUGAUGUUCCUAACUUUUCUGAUGUAGAGGCAAUGAUACUUGGCAUGGAUUUGGGUCCAUAUGAUCAGGAAUCGUGUCUCUUCGCCAAGGAAGUAUCAAGGUACCAAUGCGUGGACACCAAGAAGACCAUUAUUAGGUUGGAACAAGGUGCCCGUUCUUAUAUGAAUAGAGCCAUUUCAUCACAUGGUGCUUUUGCAAUUUUUUAUGGCCGCAAUUUGAAGUACUUCAUCAAAAGUCCCGAGGUGUUGCUUGGAAGGGAAACAGAAGAAAUAAAAGUUGACAUUGACCUGGCAAAAGAAGGACGCGCUAAUAAGAUAUCCAGACGUCAGGCAAUUAUUAAGAUGGAUGAAGAUGGAUGUUUUCAUCUCAAAAACAUUGGCAAAAGCUCCAUUUUUGUUAAUGGUAAGGAAGUGCCAGUGAAGAAGCGUAUUAAUUUGUGCUCCUGUGCUUUGAUUGAGAUUAAAGACCUGAGAUUCAUAUUUGAGACGAAUGAACUUGCCGUCAGGCGUCACAUUGCUUCAUCGAGACAGAUUGAUCGCGGACCUAAAUCAGAAUUUGAUUUCGUGUACAGUUGAGAGCCUCUUUCUUUAGCUGUUCAUUGAGCUUCACCUCCAAAAAGUGAAAAACUCAAGGGCUUCAUGUAUAUCCUAAAAAUAGACUAAUCGUCGAGCCAAGGGGGCCACCACCGUCAAAGACAUUUUCGUCGGAGCUGUCACUAGCACUUACAAGCGUCGCCAUCUAUUCUAUCGGCCAUCCUGGCCAUCCAUCACUUGUCGGUCGGCCAUCCGGGCCAGCCAUGUAAUUUACAGCCGACCGACCUCUUUGCUCUAUCACUCACUGUAGGACAUCCCAUUACGCAACCACCGAUCGGCCGGCCAUAUGGAGUUCAAUUGGCUGACCACCUAGGCCUACCAUAUGAAGAUCUACAGGACACACGAAGAACAACUCGACCGGUCACCUCAGUCGUCCUCUUGAGCCGACCAGGUGGAGAAGCACUUGGCCAACCAACUUAGCCGACCGGCCACCAUGCCUGACCAACCACAUAGAGCAUUAUUUGGCCGGUCACCCUAGCCAUCCAGCCACUAUAGGCUAGCCAUAGAAAAGGUAGACAACCUGUCAUCUCGAUUGGCCAACUCCUCUCUUUCUCCUUUUCCCGAAAUCCAACUCCAUUACUUGGGCACGAUCCGAAGGCCUGGUGAGGAUUCAAAAGGUAGUUCAAAAAAAUCAGUGGUUGUUUCAGGUGGGUUGUGUGUAAUUAUCUGAAAAAAGAAAUGAUAAAGAAAUUUGAAGGGACAAAACUCAUUCAUAUUCAUCUAUCACAUACAACCUAAGUCGGAUUUAUAGAUUUAUAAGACUAUGGCAUACAAUUUGUUA